AUGAGAAACCAUCCAAACCUUCGGUAUGAAAAUUCUUCAAAUCAACUCAACCUAAACUUUCAAGGAAACAACCAAAAUAGUGGAGCACCAUUUCAACCAUUCCAAGGCCGAAACUACAACCAAGGGAAUUACCAAGGUGGCCAAAAUCAAGGAUUCAAUCGAGGCUACCCAAGAAACUUUCAACAAGGUAAUAACCAAGGUGGAGCAUCGGGAAGCAAUGAGGUGUCAACCGGGGAAAUUAUGGAGUAUUUGAAGGAAAUGGAUCGAAAGAAUGAGAUUCGGGAUAAAACGGUUGAAUCUUUGCAAAAGCAAGUGGGUCAAUUAGCGGAGGAUGUGUCGGAAUUGAGGAAGAAUCCGGGAAAGCUACCAAGUGACACGAAGAUCAAUCCACAACAUCAAAGUGGCUACUCAAAGAAUGUCAAGAAUGUGGAGAUAAACAAUGUAAGUCUUCUUCGUAGUGGUAAAGUUUAUGAUAAUAAAGUUGUACCUCCAUCAUCACUUGUUGAUGGUGUGGUGGAGGAUGUUGAUGAUGACCAAGAUAGUGAGCAUGAACUGGAAUUUGUUUUGCCUAAACCAAGUAAAAAAGUGUCUUUUAAAGAGGUAGAAAACAAUAGGUCUAGUGAAAAAUUUUCUGAAAAACAAGGAAAGGAUAUGGAGGGUAAUACCAUUCCUUUUCCUUUGGCUUUGAUUGAUCAAAAACUUAGGCCUACACUUAAGAAAAGAGGUCCCCAUGAGGAAGAAAUGUGGGAAAUUUUUAAACAAGUGAAAAUCAAUAUACCUCUUAUUGACAUAAUCAAACAAGUUUCGGCCUAUGCUAAAUAUCUUAAGGAGUUGUGUACCCAAAAACGGCAUCAUAAACUUCCAAAGAAGAUUGUUUUGAAUGAGGAAGUUAGUGCCGUUGUGAUGGGUAUACUCCCACCUAAACUCCAAGAUCCGGGAGCGCCUUUAAUUACAAUUCAAGUUGGUGACUUUAAAAUGAAUAAGGCACUUUUGGAUAUGGGUGCGGGUGUGAGUAUCCUACCGGGUAUGUUUGCGACCAAUAUGACUUUGGACCAUUGGAAAAAGUCGACACAACCUUGGUGA